AAUGUUGGCAGCCUGUUUUGAUUGCCCUGGAGGCCCAGAAAACCUCUAUGUGAAAGAAGUGAUGAAACCACAUCCAGGAGAAGGAGAAGUUCUGGUGAAGGUCUCUGCCAGCGCUCUGAAUAGGGCUGAUCUACUCCAGAGGAGAGGGAAGUACCCUCCCCCAAAAGGAGCAAGUGAGAUUUUAGGCUUAGAAGCAGCUGGGAGCGUGAUUGGGCUUGGACCUGGCUGCAAGGGCCGGUGGAAGACUGGCGAUGCAGUGAUGGCUCUGCUCUCCGGAGGUGGCCAGGCAGAAUAUGUUACAGUACCUGAAGGCCACCUGAUGCCAAUUCCCAAUGACAUGACAUUUAUUCAGGCUGCAGCCAUUCCCGAAGUCUGGUUAACAGCCUUUCAGCUGCUGCAUUUUGUAGGUAAAAUACAGAAGGGCGAGAGAGUGUUGAUCCAUGCUGGAGCUAGUGGAGUUGGUAUGGCAGCCAUUCAGCUGGUGAGGCUGGCAAAAGGUAUUCCCAUUGUGACAGCAGGAACUCAAGAGAAACUGAAAGCGACGGUGAACGCUGGAGCAGCUGCGGCGUUCAACUACAAAACUGAAGAUUUUAGUGAAAAGGUCUUGGCAUUCACUCAAGGUUCUGGAGUAGAUAUGAUUUUAGAUUGUGUUGGUGGCUCGUACUGGGAGAAGAAUCUCAGCUGCCUGAGUACGGAUGGUCGGUGGAUUAUUUAUGGAUUGCUGAGUGGAGGUGAAGUACACGGAGAUUUGCUUGCAAAGCUGCUUUUCAAAAGAGGGAGCAUCUAUACAAGUCUAUUGCGAUCACGAGACAAGGAGUAUAAGGAACGGCUGGUGAGUGCCUUCACAGAAGAUGUGCUGCCGUAUUUUUCUGGAGGAGCCUCCCCUCAUCUCCAGCCAUUUGUCGACAGCGUUUACCCUCUACACAAGAUUGCAGAGGCACAUAGAGUCAUGGAAGAAAACAAGAAUAUUGGCAAAAUUGUCAUUGAAAUGCCUGCUUCAUCCUAAAGAAAGGUCUGCUGCUCUACCUGCUUCAGGGACAAGAUCGUUAUGGGUGCUCGACAAGCACAGAAUCUGCUGUUUCUGCUUUCGAAUCCAGAAUGAUUUAUUGUUGGAGAAUGCCAGAAAGGAGGGGUAAGUCAUGAAAUAAAGGCUCACAGCUCUAGCAUUGUGUCGGGAAUGUGUAAACAGAAUCCAGAGGGAUUCCAUCCAGAAGAACCUUGACUGCUUGAGAGGUGGGCCUAGGCGAACUUUACGAAGUUCAACAAUGCCAAGUGCAAUUAGAGGCUGGGCAGAGAAUGCAUUGAGAGCAGCCCUGAAGAGAAGGACCUGGGGUGCUGGGGGAUGAGAGGCUCAACGUGAGCCAAUGAUGUGUGCUUGCAGCCCAGAAAGCCCAACAGUGUCCUGGGCUGCAUUAGAAGCCGUGGGACCAGCAGGGCGAGGGAGGGAAUUCUGCCCCUCUGCUCUGCGCUUGUGAGACCUCAUCUGGAGCGCUGCCUUCAGUUCUGGAGCCCUUAGCACAGGAAGGACAUGGAGCUGUUGGAGCGAGGCCAGAGGAGGCCACGGAGGUGAUCCCAGAGCUGGAGCACCUCUGCUAUGAAGACAGGCUGAGAGAGCUGGGGUUGUUCAGCCUGGAGAGGAGAAGGAUCUCAGGAGACCUUAGAGCAGCUUCCAGGACCGAAAGGGGCUCCAGGAAAGCUAUGGAGGGACUCUGGGUCAGGUCAUUCAGGGACAGGACGAGGAGGAACGAUGUUAAGCCGAAAAAGGAAAACUUAGAUGAGACAUUUGAAAGGAAUUCUUCACGCUGAGGGCGGUGAGGCCCUAGCCCAGGCUGCCCAGGGAACUU